AUUAUAUUUUAAAUAGACACUUAGACAUGAAUGCUUCGCUGAUACCCACCACAUACAAUGAAAAGGAUAAUGUGUGGAGUGGAGCUAAACGUGGCUCCAUAUACAACUAUGAUACUUCGGUGGGAAGGAUCAUAUUCAAUACCAUGAAAAAUUGGCCCAACAAUGUGUGCCAGAUCAACGAUAUUGAUGGCGUAUCGGUAACUAAUGAGCAAGGAAUUACCUGGGCCAUUCGCAUUGCCCAAUACUUGAAAAAGCGAGGAUUAAAUCACAAGGAUGUAAUCGGUAUUGCUGGCAAGAAUACCACUUAUGUAAUGCCCUUAGGUGUGGCUUGCCUCAUGAAUGGGACUCCAUUUCACGCAGUGAAUCCAGUACUUGACGAAGACACCAUUCGCCAUGUGUUGUCAAUUACUAAACCGAAUCUAAUAUUCUGUGAUGGCCAGGAGUACAAGAAGAUACAUGAAGCUACUGUGGGUUGGCAUCCUGAAAUUUAUACUCUCACAGAUCCUAUUGAGGGAGUGCCGAAGAUUGAGACAUUGUUGGAUCCCACGACCACUGAGAGAUUCUAUCAACCGGAACCGUUGAAAAGUGGCGGCGAUCAAACUGUGGCCAUUCUGUGUUCAUCUGGCACCACAGGACUCCCCAAAGCUGUGUGCAUCUCCAAUAGCAUUCUCAUACAGGACAGCAUGCUUGUUAACAGCAAUACCGUGCUCUUUAUAUCGAGUAGUUUGGACUGGAUCACUGGUCUGUGGGCCUUUGUCUUUAGCACCGUCUUUGGAUGCACUCGCAUUAUCACCAACAAGCCUUUUGCUCCCGAAUAUUUUGUCCAGUUGGCUCAAAAGUAUAAAAUCAAUUACGCUGUUGUCCCACCCAGACACUUGUCAGCCUUGAUCAAUUGUCCAGAUGCCAAGUCGGAAGCUCUCACCUCCAUUUCGAUGAUGAACUACGGCGGAGGUUUGGUUUCCGCCUCGACACUGCAGAAGGCUCAGGAAUUGUGCAAGCAAGCGGUCUUCAACUCCGGAUAUGGCAUGACUGAAGUGGGUGCCAUUACGAUUAACUUAGGUCUGAGUAACACUUCAUCGGCUGGCAGAUUAGUGCCAGGCAUCAAGAUUCGUAUUGUGAACGAGGAAGGCAAGAAUCUGGCGUACAAUGAGGUGGGCGAGAUUUAUGUUCACACUGGUCAAGCAUGGAACGGCUACUAUGGCAAUCCUGUGGAAACACGUCGCAUGCAGGACUUCGAGGGUUGGUUCCACACCGGCGAUCUAGGUUACUUCGAUGAGCAGAAUUUCCUCUAUAUCGUGGAUCGAAAGAAGGAGAUCCUUAAGUAUCAGGGACUCCACUACUGGCCCACUGAAAUAGAGAACGUAAUCACGGAACUGCAACAGGUUCAGGACGUUUGUGUCGUGGGUGUCUAUGACGAACGAGAGGGAGAUGCUGCCGGCGCCUUGGUGGUCAAGACCAAAGGAGCGACACUAAGUGAGAGGGACGUAAUUGAUCAUGUGGCCAAGAGAUUGACUGGAAUGCAGAAACAACUGCACGCCGGUGUCCGUUUCACGGAUAAGUUGCCAGCCAAUGUCAAUGGCAAAACAUUGCGCAAGGCGGCACACGAUGUUUUCCUAACCCAAAAGUAAGAGUACCUACUCUUGAUUAUAUUCAGCUAGAAAAUUGAUAUCAAAAAUAGAAGAGAAGUAAUUACAAGUGCUUUCGAGAUGUUUGGACAACUUAAGAGUUCGAAACUUUAUAUAGACUAGGCUUACUUUGUUAUAUUGAUAAGAUUUAAUAAAAGUUUUCAUGUAAGUGUUUUUGUUUAUUAACCAAGAGUAAAUAAAAUAUUGCAUAAUA